AUGGCCAUUGACGAUACAGCAUUCGAAGGGACCGAUAUUACCAAGGGAUUCAACGCAGUAGCUAUAGGCGCCUUUGGACCUGGUUUUAUCUCCACCCACGACCCGGAGAGGGUCAUUGGCUUUGGUGUUUUCAAGCCUCACUAUUCUCAAGCAAACGUGCAUAAGCCAAAUCUGCGUGAGCGUGGGUUUCGUUUCCUCACGGUGCCUGGGUCGGGGGAAGAAGUGGCAGUGUCUCAUAAGCUGUGUCUUGACCAGCUGUUUAAGUCAUCUGGGUUGCAGCAUCGCGGGGAGUUACUACCUGGGGAAAUGUUCAAGCUUAGACUGAGCCCAGGCCGGUUGCAGCCCCAAUGGUGGUGUUUGGGGGAUUUGGAAGGCGAUUUGAAGGGGAGGAAUCUGCAUGCGUGGGCAAAGGGGGGAAGUUAUCUGAGUUAUUAUGAGGUACCACCAAGUAAGGAGGAGAUCGAGGAGGGUGGCUAUGUGUUGGGGGAAGAUGCUGAUAGGAUUAAGAUUGAAGAUCAUGCAGGGUGGAUUGAAGUUGAAAUGGGUUAG